GGCUCUCGCCGCCGUGUCCUCUAAAAGACCUGCCAUCUAUGGCUGACGGGACCUAUUCACCAUUAGCCAGGGACGCGACAACGUUGUCCUUCUCCAGCUGGGAAGGGAGGCCAAGACCCAAGAGGAGCGGCAGCCGGCCAUCUCCAUGGGCAAGAAGGACAAGUACGGGCACGGGCACGACCUGGAGGCGUGCCACUCGCCGGGGCAAGGCGGCGACGGCAUGUACCCGUACAUGAUCGAGAGCCCGGAGCUCCGGUGGGCCUUCAUCCGCAAGGUGUACGUGAUCGUGUCGCUGCAGAUGCUGGUGACGGUGGCCGUGGCCGCCGCCGUGAACCUCACCGACUCCAUCAGGGCCUUCUUCCUCUCCCGCACCCCCGCCGCCCUCGCCGCCUUCCUCGCCAUCAUCAUCUCCCCGCUCCUCGUGAUGCUGCCGAUGGUGUACUUCCGGAAGCGGCACCCGGUGAACCUGGUGUUCCUGGCGCUCUUCACCGUGUGCAUCAGCCUCUCCCUGGGGCUGGGCUGCCUCACCAAGAGAGGGCCCAUCAUCUUCGAGGCGGCCGCCAUGACGCUCGUCGUCGUCGCCGGCCUCACCGCCUACACCUUCUGGGCCGCCAAGCGCGGCCACGACUUCGAGUUCCUCGGCCCGUUCCUCUUCGCCGCCUGCCUCAUCCUCGUGCUCUACGCCAUCGUCCUGAUGUUGUUCCCGAUGGGCAAGACGGCGGGCAUGGUGUACGGGUGCAUCGCGGCGCUCAUCUUCUCGGCCUUCCUCAUCUAUGACACCGACAACCUCAUCAAGCGCUACACCUACGACGAGUACGUGGCCGCCGCCAUCACGCUCUACCUCGACAUCAUCAACCUCUUCAGGGCUCUCCUCAUUGCGCUCGACGCUGCCGACUGACCUCUCAAUUCCUUUAGAAAUUAACAUGCCUGAUUGCUACACUCGCUCCUGAACCCUGCCUGCCUGCCGCGUUCGUGUAUUAGUGCAUACUGUACUAAACUAGAUUGAUCAUGUCUGUAGACUGCAGACCGCUGUAAUGUAAUGUUCUCUGAAAAAGGAUCCAUGUAAAUGUGAUUGGACAUUAACAGAGAAGGCCAGUCCAGUUCAUGAUA